CUUUUAAAAAAAAAAAGAAAAAAAAAAAAAGACACUUUCUUUCCUUCUCCAACAUUUUGGCUGAUACUUGAAUCUCGAAUCUCGAAUCUUUGUUUUUCUUCUUCUUCUUCUUCAAUGUCAUCUGCUCACACAAACCACUUUCCUUAAUCCUUUCCAGAUAGAUAAACCCAUUUUAGAGAGAAGAAGACACAGAUAAAAAGAGAAUACUAAUAUCCAAAUCUCAAUAUCAAAUAUGGCUUGGUUUAGAAGCCUCAUCAGAUUUUCAGUCACCAAAUCAUCAUCAUCAUCAUCAUCACCGUCCAUCAGACCCGGAACUGCAAGCCCAUUUAGCCCAUUUCCAUCCCCGUCGCUUUCCUGGCUCGCGGCGGCGCAUUUCAGCUCGGGGCAGCCGCUGGCCCACGAGCCCCCGGCGGUGGUCCCGCACGCUGGCCUGGGGCCCACCAAGCCGGGGGAGAAGCCCAGGGUGGUGGUGCUGGGAUCUGGGUGGGCCGGGUGCCGGCUCCUGAAGGGGCUGGAUACCAAGACGUACGAUGUCGUUUGCGUAUCGCCAAGGAACCACAUGGUCUUCACGCCUCUCUUGGCCUCCACCUGCGUCGGCACCCUCGAGUUCAGGUCGGUGGCUGAGCCCAUUGGCAGGAUCCAACCCGCCAUUUCUCGGGAACCCGGAUCCUACUUCUUCCUCGCUAAAUGUACUGGCCUAGACGCUGAUAAACAUGAGGUGCAAUGCGAGACGGCUACUGACGGGCCGGACACUUUGGAACCUUGGAAAUUCAAGAUUUCAUACGACAAGUUGGUGAUUGGGUUAGGAGCAGAGGCCUCAACUUUUGGAAUCAAGGGCGUAUUAGAACACGCGAUUUUUCUUCGCGAAGUCUACCAUGCGCAGGAGAUUCGUCGGAAGUUGCUUCUGAAUUUAAUGCUGUCGGACGUUCCUGGGGUUUCAGAAUCAGAGAAAAGUAGGCUCCUGCACUGUGUUGUUGUAGGAGGUGGUCCCACGGGAGUUGAGUUCAGUGGAGAACUUAGUGAUUUCAUCAUGAGAGAUGUUCAUCAAAGAUAUGCCCACGUGAAAAAUUAUAUCCAUGUUACCUUGAUUGAGGCGAACGAAAUAUUGUCUUCAUUCGAUGAUCGCCUUCGUCACUAUGCCACCAAACAGUUGACAAAGUCUGGAGUUCGUCUUGUCCGUGGGGUUGUGAAGGAUGUUGAAGCUCGGAAAAUAAUUCUUGAUGAUGGCACAGAAGUUCCUUAUGGGCUGUUAGUAUGGUCUACAGGUGUUGGUCCAUCACCUUUUGUAAAAUCUCUCGAACUUCCGAAAGCUCCAGGAGGAAGGAUUGGAGUGGAUGAAUGGCUGCGUGUUCCGUCUGUAGAAGACGUAUUUGCAAUUGGUGACUGCAGUGGCUUUCUCGAAAGUACUGGAAAACCAACACUUCCAGCUUUGGCCCAGGUGGCAGAGCGGCAAGGAAAAUAUCUAGCUGGUCUAUUGAACAGAAUCGGUAAAGAUGGUGGGGCGUUUGCAAACACCGCAAAGGACAUGGCAUUUGGGGAUCCAUUUGUUUACAAGCAUUUAGGAAGCAUGGCUACUAUCGGCAGAUAUAAGGCACUUGUGGACCUUAGACAGAGCAAGGAGGAAAAGGGCUUAUCUCUUGCUGGAUUCUUGAGUUGGUUCAUUUGGCGAUCGGCAUAUCUUACACGUGUGAUCAGCUGGAGGAACAGAUUCUAUGUGGCGAUUAACUGGCUUACGACAUUUGUGUUUGGGCGCGAUAUAAGCAGAAUUUAGAUCUCAAAAGGGCAACAAGGACUUGGGAUCUCCAUAGUGUGAUAUGCAAAGUUAUCCCAUGCUUGCAGUUGGAUUCAUUGCAUUUGAUGAAAUAAGAUUUCAACUAUUGAAAGGUUUUUACUUUUUUUAUACGCACACUUGGCUUGAAAAUUAAUUAGUAAUAACACGUUUCGCAUAUUGUAUGUCAUUUUUCUUUUGGUAAAUUCCCCUGUGCUUGUCCUAUUCCUCUUCUUAUGUGCUCAGUUGGUCAUAACGUUUUGUACAUGUGGUACUGUUCCAUGUAAGUAUUGAUAUAAGCGACGUGUAAAACCUUUUAAGCUAAUUUGAGAUAGAUCCUA